AUGAAGAUGCAACCACUCUCCAACGAACAAGUGCAAAAGCUUUCCAACUACGACACCCUGGCCGAAACCGACGACGCCCAGCCCGAAAUCGUGACCUCCAUCCCCGAGGUUCCCAUAACCGAGGCCCGCAAACCAUGGCAGCCUGAGGACGAGGACCGGCUGCCCCGUCCCGGCGUGGGUCGGGCAAACAUCGCCGCCACGUACGAUCGACCCGAGGGCACGACCGACGGGAACUAUGCGGAAAAGCACCGCGAUCAGACGGUGUUGCAGCAGCACCUUGAGUUCUUUGACAGAGACCGCGACGGCAUCAUCUGGCCGCGCGACACCUUUGUCGGCUUCUACCGGCUAGGCUUUGGCGCUGUGCUGUCCUUCCUGUCUAUAUUUGUGAUCCACAGCAAUUUUUCCUACGCGACCGGAGACUCGUGGAUUCCCGACCCCAUGUUCCGCAUCUACUUGUCCAAUAUCCACAAGGACAAGCACGGCAGCGCCUCGGGUGCCUACGACGCCGAGGGCCGGUUCGUGCCGCAGAAGUUCGAGGAUCUCUUCGCCAAGCACGCCCAGGGACGCGACUACAUGACCGCCAGGGAUGUCGCGAACCUGCUCAAGGGCCAGAGGAUGAUUGCGGACCCGGUUGGUUGGUUCCAUGCGUUUAUAGAGUGGACUGCCACGUAUUACAUGCUGUGGCCCGAGGACGGCCGCAUGAAGAAGGAGGAUGUCAGGGGUGUUUUUGACGGCAGCAUAUUCUAUACCAUUGCUGCCAGACGGGAGGGGAAAACGGAGGAGGCAAAACGAUAA